CGGGGAGGGGCCGCGCCGCCGCUGCAGUAGAAUAGUACGGAGUAGAUUAAUUUUCCCCGUCCUCUCUCUCCCUAUCGCAGAGACGCAGACGGCGCACAUCAGGCGACAGCGACGGCGGUGGAAGGAGGCGACGGGAGACCGUCGCGGGAGGGGGAAGCAGCCGGCUGGUGUCGGCCACAUCUGGGCGGCGGCCGCCGCACCUGAAGUUUGCGGCGGCGGCGGCAACUGCUGGACAGGAGGAGCGCAGUAGCAGCGAGCAGGGAACAGGAGGUCGUGGGCUACAGCAGAAGAGUGAAGAGAGUGGCCGAAGGGAAGUGAGGAGAGCGACGGGAAGAGCUGGGCGACGGCAAGAGUAAUUUUCCGGUUGUCUUCCUCCCCCAACUCAAGCCUCAAGAGCAUAAGGAAACAGAGCUGUUGGCUGUCGCAGAAAUGGUUUUGCCGCGUUGGUGCUCUGAAAGUUCAACCCUUAUAGGUGAAAAAUGAAGGUCAAGGUUCUUCAGUGGCAUGCAGUGGCUUCGUGGACAUGGGACGCACAAGAUGAGACAUGCGGCAUAUGCAGGAUGGCAUUUGAUGGCUGCUGCCCUGAUUGUAAGUUCCCUGGUGACGAUUGCACGCUCAUCUGGGGCGCCUGCAACCAUGCCUUCCAUCUUCACUGCAUACUCAAGUGGGUCAAUUCUCAAACAUCAAUCCCCCUUUGCCCAAUGUGUCGUCGAGAGUGGCAGUUCAAGGGCUAAGGGUCCCCAAGAUAUGUCUGCACCAAGUGUUUUUUCAUCCCCUUGUAAAAAAACUAGAGCGAAUGUUUUACUGGGAUGUAGUUGUUUUAUCCUGAAAGUACGCUGUAAUACUUUCUGGAAACUAGGAUGGUCUGCAUCCGCGAAGUUAGACUCUGAGCAGUGGGCUCAGCACAUUGGUUGAUAGGAGAGGCUCCGUGAUCUCUGAGUGGAGGCGUUGAGGGAGAUACUGAGCUCGGGUGGUCGGUAAUGUUCUGCGUGAGACGGCGUCAGGAAUGUAAACAUGCAAUUUAGGCCCAGUGUUGUUCGUCUGUUCAUGUUUUUUUUUCUUGGUUACAACCAGCUCGAUUUUGAUGUGACCUGUUGUUCAAAUCGGUGAUGUAGUUUUCCAUUAAAAAAUCGAAUGUACUUUCACUCGUUGUGGUAA